CCAUUUGACAGAUAGGGGGCAGAGCUCAGAGCAGCCAUUCGAAUUACGUACAGAGAGCAAGUGGCAGAGCCAGGAUCCGAACUCAGGAGCCGCCUGGAGAUGCUGCUGCUGUUCCUGCUGCUGUUCCUGCUGCUCCUGCUGCUGCUGCUGCCGCCACUGGCCAGGCUCCGGCAGCCGCAGUCCCCAGGUCCCAGGCUGUCCUGGCUGGCCUGCCUCCAGCACCGUGUGGCACGGGGGGCCCUGUGCGGGGCAGCCGCCUGGCAGCAGAGGAGGCUGGAGCAGAGCACGCUGCACGCGGGCCAGAGCCAGCAGCAGGCCCUGAGGUGGUGCCUGAAGGGAGCCCGGGGUCCCCGCUGGCCCCUCAGGGGGAGCACAGAUAUGAGCGCCUUCCGGAAUCAUCUCCCUCUGACCAAGGCCAGCCAGACCCGGGAGGAAGAAAGUGGGGAGCAGCUCCCGCCCCCUACCUCCAAACAGCACCGUGGGAAGGCCUCUCUGCAGGCCACCUUGCUGGGUCUGGCAGCCCUGGACAAGGCCUACCCGGAAGUGCUGGCUCCGGGAGGCACAGCCUGUUUGACUCCUACGUCCCCCUGGCCCUGCCCUCUCCCCUGGCCUUGGUGUGUCCUCAGCCAAGUGAGCCGCCCUGGAGCCAAGGACCCUGGGGCCCUGCUGCUGGAAGCACUGAGGUCCCCGGGGCUGCGGGCACUGGAAGCUGGGACGGCAGCCGAACUCCUGGACGUCUUCUCGGGCCUGGGGGCCCGUGGUGAAGAGCUGGCUGAGGCACUAGCUGCUGGAAACCCGGGAGCGCCUCUCCCCAGGCGGGCAGCUGAGGUGCGGGAAGCCCUCGAGCAGGGACCCCGAGGACUGGCCCUGCGGCUCUGGCCAAAGCUGCAGGUGGUGGUGACUCUGGAUGCAGGAGGCCAGGCCGAGGCUGUGGCUGCCCUGGGGGCCUUGUGGUGUCAAGGGCUGGCCUUCUUCUCACCUGCUUAUGCUGUCUCUGGAGGGGUGCUGGGCCUGAACCUGUGGCCAGAGCAGCCUGGCGGGCUCUACCUCCUGCCCCCCGGCGCUCCCUUGAUUGAGCUGCUCCCAGUCGAGGAAGAAGGCCAGGAAGAGGCUGCCACCGCCAUCCUGUUGGCCGAGGCCCAGAAGGGCAGGGAGUAUGAGCUGGUGCUGACGGACCAGGCCAGCCUUACCAGGUGCCGCCUGGGUGACGUGGUACGGGUGGUUGGUGCCUACAAUCAGUGCCCCGUCGUCAGGUUCAUCCGCAGGCUGAGCCAGACCCUGAGUGUGCGAGGCGAAGACAUGGGUGAGGACCUGUUUUCUGAGGCCCUGGGCCGGGCAGUGGGACAGUGGUCAGGAGCCAAGCUGUUGGACCAUGGCUGUGUGGAGAGCAGCAUUCUGGAUUCCUCUGGGGGCUCUGCUCCCCACUAUGAGGUGUUCGUGGCACUGAAGGGGCUGAGAAACCUGUCAGAGGAAAAUCGAGACAAGCUUGACCACUGCCUCCAGGAAGCCUCUCCCUGCUACAAGUCCCUGCGGUUCCGGGGCAGUGUGGGCCCCGCCAGAGUCCAUCUGGUGGGGCCGGAGGCCUUCAGAGAGCUCCGGGCAGCCCUGGCUGCCUCUCCCUCAUCUCCCUUCCCUCCUGAGAUGCCCCGGGUCCUUAGGCACAGGCCCCUGGCCCAGCUCCUGCAAAGGAGAGUGUUGUCCUGAGCUGAGGCCUGCCCUCUGUCCCCUCUGCCCCCAGGAGCUGCCUCUCUCUUUCCUCUGGGGCUUCUCUAGAUGGAGGGCCCUUGGCCCUCAGGGUCUUCGACUCUGUGUCACCUGUUGGUUGCUCAUCAGAGCUGCUGGGCCUUAGGGAGGUCCAGCCCAGUCAGCCAGGUCUGAGAAGGUGGCUUCGGGGUGUGGCAGACCCCAGCAGUGCCCUGCCUGGAGCCCCCAGGACCCACUCUGGGGGUCACCGCUGGAGUGUUCCCCCACACGCCGGUGGCCCCUGCGCCCCUCAGACCAGUGUUCCGGGUGGGCUGCCAGCGUUGUGAGUUAAUGUUCCCAGGAGCAACCCUCAGUCAGCAAGGAACAGGAGUUGCGAAUACCGACCUCAGCUUCGUUGCCCUGCAGUGUGACAAUUCUGACAUGCCUCCUGCACCAGCUGGCCACAGGCGUAACUGUCAGCACAGUUCUUGUGGCUCUCCUCCCGCCUCCCCCCAUCCCCACGCCCUACAUGUUUUCUAGGAUCGCCUCCCAAAUAAAUCUCUUGC